ACUCCAUGGCUGCGGAAAGGAGAGGCAGCAGCUGCCUCGGCUGAAGAAAGAAGACGGGAGCGGAGAGCGCAGGCGCGGAGAACACCAGGACCUGUCAGCGCUACCUUGCCCUUUCUCACGGCAAACAUCCUGCCAAGACUGGGGAGGAGGUGGAGCAGCGACCACAGGGCCAAGAGGAGGCAGCUCCCCCUAAUUGGUGGGCCAGAGGUUGCAGACGCUGACAGAUUUGCUUUGGGAGCUGGAGUAGCUGCUGCCACCAGUCUGGAGCCAUGAGCGGGUUUAAUUUUGGAGGCACUGGGGCCCCUACAGGCGGGUUCACGUUUGGCACUGCAAAGACAGCAACAACCACAUCUGCGACAGGGUUUUCUUUCUCCUCUGCCAGCACUGGAGGGUUUAAUUUUGGGACUCCCUCCCAACCCCCUGCAAGUUCCUCUUCCACCAGCCUGUUCUCAUUCAAUACCCAAACUCCAGCGACACAAACUCCAGCAUUCAGUUUUGGAACAACAACUCCUGCUUCAGGAGGAACUGGGUUUUCUUUAGGGAUCAAUGCUCCAAAGCUAAGCUUGAGCAACACAGGUACCACCCCGGCCACGGCCAGCCUCGGCAGCUUUGGGCUCGGCAGCAGCACCCUCGCCAAUGCCAUAUCCAGCACCAUCACCUCCAGCCAGGGCACAGCACCCACUGGCUUUGUCUUUGGCUCCUCCACCACUUCUGCUGCUCCGUCCACCACAUCCGGAGGGUUCUCAUUCACUGGUGGAAGCACGUCCCAGGGUGGGACCUCUGGUUUCAACAUCGGCUCAGUGGGGAAUUCGGCCCAGCCCACGGCACUUGCUGGAUUACCCUUCACUCCAGCCACGCCGGCAGCCACUGGAGCAGGGGUCACACAGCCAGCCGCUCCCGCGCCCACUGCUGCCACCACCAGUGCUGGGCCCACCCUCUUUGCCUCAAUAGCAACCGCUCCAACCUCAUCUACCGCCACUGGGCUCUCUCUCUGUCCCCCGACAACCACAGCUGGAGCUGCCGGUGCUGGUACACUGGGCUUCAGCUUAAAGGCCCCUGGAACAGCUUCUGGUGCCUCCACAGCCACAUCCACUACCGCCGCCGCCACCACCAGCAGCAGCAGCACCAGCUUUGCCUUGAGUCUAAAACCGCUGGCACCAGCCGGGAUCCCCAGCAAUGCGGCAGCUACCGUGACCGCCCCACCUGGCCCCAGUGCAGCUACCGGGGCGGCCACCAGUCCCGCGAUGACCUACGCGCAGCUGGAGAGCCUGAUCAACAAGUGGAGCCUGGAGCUGGAGGACCAGGAGCGCCACUUCCUGCAGCAGGCCACCCAGGUCAACGCCUGGGACCGCACACUGAUCGAGAAUGGGGAGAAGAUCACCAGCCUGCAUCGCGAGGUAGAGAAGGUGAAGCUGGACCAGAAGAGGCUGGACCAGGAGCUUGACUUCAUCCUGUCUCAGCAGAAGGAACUGGAAGACCUGCUGAGCCCACUGGAGGAGUCAGUCAAGGAGCAGAGCGGGACUAUCUACCUGCAGCAUGCCGACGAGGAGCGUGAGAAAACCUACAAGCUGGCGGAGAACAUUGACGCGCAGCUGAAGCGCAUGGCCCAGGACCUCAAGGACAUCAUCGAGCACCUGAACACAUCUGGAGGCCCUGCCGACACCAGCGACCCGCUGCAGCAGAUCUGCAAGAUCCUCAACGCGCACAUGGACUCGCUGCAGUGGAUCGACCAGAACUCGGCUCUGCUGCAGAGGAAAGUGGAGGAAGUGACCAAGGUGUGCGAGGGGCGUCGCAAGGAGCAGGAGCGCAGCUUCCGGAUCACCUUCGACUGAGCUGACGCGUGUCUAGGACCUAUGGGUCUGAGGGCGUUAGACGGGGAAUGUGCCCUAUUGUCUAGUUUUGGUGGGUUGCAACAAGUACUUGUUUCUUUCUUUCUUUCUUUCAAAUGAUUGUGCUGUUGAGAAUUGUUCUGUGGUUUAACUUUUCCCAUUAGUAAAUAGCAAAGUAUUCUGAGCCCUCCAGUCCGGGCAAUGGCCUGAUGGGUAGGGUUUCUGUGUUUCAUUUGCAAAUCUUUGGCCCCUUUUUACCCACUACAACCACCCACCUCAUCCUCCUGGCUCCGGCCAAGUGACAGACAAGUGCUGACUCACCUAAGAAAAAUCCUCUUCCCCACCAGGUGGGGUGGGCAGCGGCUCUGCCUGACACACAGUCAUGAGGG